AGAGCCAUCUGUGACAAAAUCUAUACAAGAACAAGAGCAAGACAGGCAAUGGCUGACCUUACGCUCCAACUGGGAGAGCCUCAAUGGAACCACUGUGCAUGAACUGCUGGUAAAAGGGCCGUCUUGUCAGAGCAGAAGUAUGAUUUCUCUUCUGUGUACUGAACAAGACUGUGGUCGCCGCCCUGCUGCCCGAAUGAACAAGAGGAUCCUGGGUGGUCGGACGAGUCGCCCUGGAAGGUGGCCAUGGCAGUGUUCCCUGCAGAGUGAACCCAGUGGACACAUUUGUGGCUGUGUUCUCAUUGCCAAAAAGUGGGUUCUGACAGUCGCCCACUGCUUCGAGGGGGGCAUAAAAGAACCAUUUAUUAUGCUCACAGAUUCUGCGGGUCAGACAUUUAGACAAGACAUAGCUGGCAAAGUUGUGACUAACGCCCAUUGCUAUUCAUUACAGGGUGACAGCGGUGGACCUCUUGUUUGUGAGCGGCCUGGAGGACAAUGGACAUUAUUUGGUUUAACUUCAUGGGGAUCUGUCUGCUUUUCCAAAGUCCUGGGGCCUGGAGUUUAUAGCAAUGUGUCAUACUUCGUUGAAUGGAUUGAAAGACAAAUAUACAUCCACACCUUCCUCCUAAACUAAUUCCAAAGAUGACCAGGGACUUUUGUCCAACUACACUCAAAGAGAAUGGCCUUCUUGACCAUGGAGAGCUUCCUGCAGAGCGCUAGACAGAGCACUUUCCAGGGACGAGAAUGCUUGAAAGUGCACUGCAAAUUUUCAUAUUCUGGUCUAAUUUUAUUCAACUUUUUCUAAAGUUUAUUUUUCUCUUACUUCAAGUUCAAUGAAAGAAGACUUUCAAAAAACAAAGCAAAGUAGCUUUUGUUCCUUGGCCAGGCCUAACCUUGACUGUAGCGUGGAAUUAUCAACUCUAGAGAGGUUUAAAAUAACAUUGGCGCUAGAGUAACAGGUCAUAGAAAGUUUCUUUAUACCUUAUCACAAAAAAGACAUUGAGAUCCAAGCUGACUCAUCUGCCAGCUUCUGUUUCUCAAGCACAACAGCAUAAUGGCAAAGUUCAAUAUUAAUAUUGGAGACUUGCUUUUGAUUGAUUAAAAGUCAAGGUUUAUACAUGCUUUAAUUAUUUGCUAUUAUUCUCCUAACUUUUGCAUACUUUUGAGAAUUUACGGAAGUCAUUUGGAGCUAGAAGACCAGUAGCAUCCAUGUAGGUAGCUGAAACAGGGAGACAUACUGAGCACAAAGCUUUUUAGACAUCAAUAUUAGCACUUGGCACUAUAGGACUUUCCAUUCUGGAUUUCAGUCAAGGUGGUAAUUCCAUUACUUUAUAGAAAGGUCUGCAUAGAACUUUCCCUAUAGCUGGGGUUUGUUCAGUGUAUAUCAGUUGGCUGAUUGAGACUUCGACAACUAGGCCAAUAUUUAUGGGACAUAUUUUGCUUUGCCUACGUGCCAAUGGAAGGAGCCCUAGUGGUUAAGCGGCUCUGCUAACUGAAAGGGUGGUGCUUUGAAUCCACCAGCAGCUGUGCGAGAGAAGAGACCUGGCGAUCUGCUCCCCUA